AUGAACCACAUGGAUCAUAUGGACCACAUGGACCACGGCCAGCACCCCGACCACGGUGGACACGACGGCCACGACAUGCACGACGACCCCUGCGCACACGCAGGCCACGGACACGCCAUGGUGUUCCACGCAGGCGUGUGCCAGGAGAUCCUGUUCAGCGGUUGGAUGACAACCAACGCGCUGGAGCUGUUCGGGUCAGCAGUGGCAAUCUUCUUCGCCGGAGUGUUAUAUGAGGGCCUCAAGUACUUCCGUGAGGCCCUGCACGCAAGGGCUUCGUCCUCCACCGGCGACUCCAGGGUCAACAUCACCAAGAGCGAGUGCGGAGCUAACGGACCCUGCGGAGGAACUGCUGUCGUCAAAUACACGAUGUUCUCGUCGGGCCACGUGAUACAGACAUUGCUACACUUCCUACAGUCGACCGCUUCCUACACGCUGAUGUUGGUGUUCAUGACGUACAACGUGUGGCUCUGCAUCGCGCUGGUGCUGGGCCUGGCUGUCGGAUACUUCUUCUUCGGCUGGCGGAAGAACACCGUCGUGGACGUCAACGAACACUGUCAAUGA